GAAAUGACCCACAAGGAGGGCGGUUCUACAGCUAAUGCGUUACUGUUGACGUGUAGUGUAGUCGAUUGACUGUUUGUGGUAUAAAACUAGUUAGCAAAUCCUUUGUGAUAACAUUUCAGCGCCAGUUUCUCACUAGUGAUGGAUAGACAAGAGUAAACAAAGGCACCAAAGUCAGACGACCUUGAUUUGACCUACCAGAUAGCUCAGCAUUACAGAUGGUUGCUUAUUGUUUACUCUUGCCGAUGGGUGUUUUUCCCAACUGUACGGUUCUUUGACAAUUUAUACUGUAUAUGUAUUAAAUCAGAUGGAAUUCAAGUGUAACUAGCGAAUGUAUCCAAACUCGAAUAGGCAUUCACAUUCUCAGUACAACUAUGGGGCAUAUAAUCCACCUGAUUACAAAUCAUCAACACCUAUCUAUGAUGAUCAUGAACGUUUAAAUUUUGAACUGGUUGAAAAAGUACAUGGUUUGCGUAGUUUGUCAAUAAAAAUAGGCGAUGAAUUACGAUCACAGAAUAAUUUACUCGGUGAUAUGGCUGGAACAUUUGAUCACUCAGAAGGUGUACUACGCUCUACAAUGUCACGAUUAUCUCGUAUGGCUAAACAGAAUUUAUCGUCUAGUUUAUAUUGCUAUUUAAUUAUAUUUGUGUGUAUUAUAUUCUUUAUGUGUUGGUUUAUUCUUCGAUUCUAUUAGUCAACUGAUUUUUUUCUUUAACUAUUGAGAUGUGAAUACUGUGAUUAUUUCUUUUUUUCAAAAUAUAAAUAUAUUUAUAUUUUAUGAUU